AAAGCAGCAAUGGGAAAAAUUUUCCAUAAAUAUGAUAAACUUGGAAAGAGUUCCAGUGUCUUUUCAGAUGUAAUUAAAUAUAAUACAGUCUUCUCAGGGAAGAAUUUUUAUAAACCAAACAUGUGUAGGAAGCCCAACAGCUCCCACUCAGACCUCAUUAAAUUUCAUAGGACACAUACCAGUGAGAAGCUAUAUAAAUCUAAUGAAUGUGGAAAAGCUUUUGGGUGUAAUGUAUGUGGUAAGAUCUUCAGCCAGAGAGGACACCUUACAAGACAUUGCAGAAUUCAUGCAGGAGGAAAUUCAUUUGAAUGUAAUGAAUGUGGGAAAGCCUUUAGCCAGAGGCAAUACCUUAUUGCUCAUCAAAUAAUUCAUAAUGGAGAGAAACCUUUUAAAUGUAAUGAAUGUGGGAAGACUUUCAGACAGAGGGGAAAACUUAGCGAACAUAAGACAAUUCACACUGGAUGUGAACCUUUUUGGUGUCAUGAAUGUGGGAAAGCAUUCAACCAGAGGGGACACUUUACAAGACACCAGAGAACUCAUAGUAGGAUAAAACCUUUUGAAUGUAACGAAUGUAAGAAAGCCUUCAGCAGAUUGCAAAAUCUCACUGAACAUCAGCGAAUUCAUACUGGAGAGAAACCCUUUGAAUGUAAUGAAUGUGGGAAAGCCUUCAACCAAAUGGGAAUCUUUAUUGGUCAUCAGAUAAUUCAUACUGGGGAGAAACCUUUUGAAUGUGAGGAAUGUGGGAAAGCCUUUAGCAAAAGAGCCAAUCUUACUGAACAUAAGAGAAUUCAUACUGGAGAGAAACCUUAUAAAUGUGGUGAACGUGGGAAAGCCUUCAGCCAAAAAAGAGUUCUUAUUGAUCACCAGAGAAUUCAUACUGGAGAUAAACCCUUUGAGUGGGAUGAAUGUGGGAAAGCCUUCAGCCAGAGGGGGCACCUCACUCGACAUCAGACAACUCAUGCUAGAGUAAAACCAUUUGAAUGCGAUGAAUGUAAAAAAGCCUUCAGCCAGAGACAGUAUCUUAUUGCUCAUCAGAGAACUCAUAUUGAAGAGAAACCCUUUGAAUGUCAUGAGUGCGGGAAAGGUUUUAGCCAGAAAGGGAAACUUAUGGAACAUAAGAGAAUUCAUACAGGAGACAAACCUUUUGGGUGUAAUAAAUGUGGGAAAACUUUCAAUCAGAGAGGGUGUCUUAGUAGACAUCAGAGAACUCACACUGGAGUGAAACCUUUUGAAUGUGAGGAAUGUGGGAAAGCCUAUGGCCAAAGGGGACACCUUAUUAGACAUCAGAGAGCUCACCAUUAACAUGGGAAGUGGGGGAGGAGAAUAAGGAUUUAUAUAGUACCUACUGUGUGCUAGGUAUAUUUACAAAUAUCUCAUUU